ACGGGGCUGCCGGGGGGAGAGAUGGCGGUGGCGGGUCCCUGUGUGGUGAUAACCAGCUGCGCUGCCACCUUUGCCGGGGAGGAGCUAGUGAAAAGCAUCAUAGGAACAGAAGACCCUGCUGCAGAUGUGUCUACAAGCGGGGGCGUGAGAUUUUACCCCUGGACAAUAGACAAUAAAUAUUAUUCUGCUGAUAUUCACCUGUGUGUGGUACCAAACAAAUAUCUUGUGACAGCAGAAAUUGCUGAAUCUGUCCAGGCGUUUGUGGUUUUCUUCGACAGCACAAUAAAAUCUGGUCUUGACAGUGUCUCUACAUGGCUUCCCCUGGCAGAAGAAUGGUUACCAGAGGUUAUGAUCUUGGUGUGUGACAGAGUAUCUGAAAAUGGUGUGAACCGACAAAAAGCUCAAGAGUGGUGCAUCAAACACAGUUUUGAACUGGUGGAACUGAGCCCAGAGGAGCUGCCUGAUGAAGACGAUGACUUUCCAGAGUCCACAGGAGUGAAACGAAUCGUACAAGCCUUGAACGCCAAUGUCUGGUCUAAUGUAGUAAUGAAGAGUGACAGGAAUCAGGGCUUUGGCCUUCUCAGUACGCUAGCAGGUGCAAACUGCAGUAUUGGUUCAGAAGAGAACCAAGAUACAAAACCCCAUCCACCAGCAGUGGACAGAGCAGAAUCUCAUUUAGACAACAGAGGAGAUGUAGCUAGCACAAACAACUUGCAGAUUGACAGCAUUGUAGAUCCCAUGUUAGAUAUGGAUAUUCAAGAGCUAGCCAGUCUUACCACAGGACAAGGAGACCUGGAGAAUUUUGAAAGACUAUUUUCAAAGCUGAAAGAAAUGAAAGAAAAGGCAGCAACAUUGCCCCAUGAACAGAGAAAACUACAUGCAGAGAAGGUGGCCAAAGCAUUCUGGAUGGCAAUCGGAGGAGACCGAGAUGAGAUUGAAGGCCUCUCCUCAGAUGAAGAAAACUAAAUUAGCUGUAGCUGUUUGUAGGAGAGCUGAUGCAAUAUCCUAAAAGUAAUGCUGGACAUUUCCUACAAACAACAAACUCAUUUUUUGCUGAAGCUGCCAUUGGACUUGGUUUGCUUAAAAAUGUUAAGUGAUCCUCCUUGCUUAUCAUUGAAAGUAACACAUUCCAUAACACCUGAAAUGGCAUUAGAUUGUGUUUGUUCUCCUGCCUGUAUUCUCUCUCUGUGUCUGGCUAUACUUUUAAAGUCAGUGUGCACCAUCUUUACCGUAAGUAGCAGACCAGUUUAUUUUUUCCAAAUAACCAUUUUUGUUGUUUCCUUUGAGUUUUUAAAAAACAAUCACCAUCAGUUGUAUUUUUUCGGUGGGAUUGUCAAAUCCAUACUUGAAUCUGAGCUCAAGCUUUGAGGCCUGGAUUGGUCUCAAGUUUUUGUGUAGAACUAAUUUACUGGCUUAAAGGAACCAGACUUGUAUGAGCCAUGAAGAGAAAACUGCUGAAUCGCACUCUAUUGAGCGAUGGUGGAGGAAGGCCCCAGGAUUAGUCCUGUUAACUGAUUGCCAUCAAUGUUAAAAAUGGCCUAGGGAAGGGCACAGGCCUACUGCUGGUGAAUUUUAUCCUAAAUGCCUAAUAAAAGCCAUCCCCUCAGCAACACUAAAUUGUCACAUGACGUGCCUUACAGCCUUAGGCACCUGUAUUUAACCGGGAAACUAGAACGUCUUAGACCACCAGCAAGUGGGAGGAGUAUUGCUUUGUAGUGGUAUUCACUGCUAGAAAAAGUAUAGUAGAUUAACAAUGAGUGUACUUAGCAAAGCAUUGCUCUUCCCCUCCUCUUCAGUGUAGAUGCUCAGUCUGAGUGUGUCUUUUCCUCCCUGGACAUUAGGAAGCAAAGACUGAUUGGAGAUACAUUUAGCGUAUGAGCAUAUCAGGCACCAUUGAGAUAAUCACUAUGAAGACAAGAAAUCUGAAAGGAAGAAAGUGGGGGAUGCGGGGUAAGAAGGUAAAGGAAAUGCAAGUUACCAGUUCAGUACUUUUCUCAUCAAACAUAACCAACCCUCAGCAGAGAGCAGAUAAGGAUUCAGUGAAAGGAGGUGGGACCUACCUUAAAACAGUGGCCCAUAAAAUAUCAUUCCAUGAUAACUUCAGCAGAAGAGAAGCCACUUUAGAUGAUGCAACCAGCAGUCUUGCAACUAUUCAGCACAAGAGCCAAGGCUUUUCUAAUGCUCCUCUGGCUUAUCAUGUGCAACCACCUGCAUUCUCUAAGCACGUUCCCUUACCCCCCUGAAAAUAGUCAAUGUCAAGACAAUCUUUUUUACUUUGAAAAGAUGAAGAGCUUUUACUUUUCUGAUCCUUGAGCCUCAGUGUAAAUAAAUUUUAGGGAUUCUUGAGCUGAUACUUUCAGUGAAACUCCAUAAAUGCAUCUAUAAAAGCUGAAUUUCUGGAAGCCCCAUGACAAUAGGGUCUUUCGCAUCCACAGAACUUAGUCUGUUCUUUUGAAGAAGAGUUAGGAUCAAAUGAAGAUGAAACAGGGUGACAGGAACACUCUAAGCCACAAGUCAAAACUGAAAAUUGUAAAGCCAUGAUUAAUAGCAACUAAUGCUGCUUUGAUAGUAGUUGAGGCUCAACUGUAAGGACUUGCAACUUGUGGUCCCAUCACAGCAAAGUGGACCUUUUUGAAUGGCAGUCUCUUUGUAUGGAGAGACCUUUCACUGCCUCCUGCCUUGGUGUCCAGUCAUUUGUGUGUUUCUCCUUCAACUGACUUUGCAGGAGCCAUGGGAAAGUCUCAGAUGUCCUCAGGCAAGAGUCUAAAGUGAAAGGCUGCAGGGAUGGAUCUGAUUCCUUAUACUCAGACGAGGGGCAGGGAGGCACUGCUCUCUCCUCAGAACCAUCCUCCCAGUCAACAGCAUUGGAAACCAAACUGAAUGGCUUUGAGACAACUCUCUGAAACAGCUUUCUUGUUCUGUUCUUUUCCAUCUCAUCCUGUUCUGUCCUCUUCUCCAAGUAGAAAGAGCUUUGAGGAAGAGAUCAUGGAGUUAAAUUAUAUUGAGUGAUAGUCUUUCAUGCCUCCUUGCUUCCUGGAAGGCAGAGACUUUACCCUUUGCUAAAUAUUUGGUCAUGUGGUGGGCAGACACAUGGCAAAAGAGUAGAGAAGACUCAUUUAAAUACACUAAAGAGCAUCAUUUAUUUGAAUGCUUUAUAAAGCAGAUUCACAUUAUACCUCUGGCAGUAAUUUAAGAUCUUGACUUUUUUUUUUUUUUAAAGUGCUGGCAGCUGAAGCAAUAUACACCAGUAUGAACCCAAGGAAUGAGUGCACCAAUCCAACCUAACCCCCCCCCCCCACUGUUAAAUGGGAGGAAGAUGAGGGGGGAGGGGUAAGAAGUCUUUAAAAGACCAGCACAAAUUGAUACGAUUGGCAGUAUUUGGUCAGGAAAAUACCAGGACUCUAGAACAGCGGUGACUAGCCAGGAUUGUCAGCACCAUACGGGGAAAGGAACACAGCACGUGCUCCCACUAGCACUAGUGGUCUAGCCACUGUAAUUGCCAUUCGUAUCCACUGGUUCUAACACUUGCCCCAGUGUGUUAGCACGUCAGAGCACUUUGAAACAGCGGAGUGCUGUAAAUUCGUAUCCCAGCAGCUGCACUUUAAACAAAAAUCUAUUCAUGAGUCAAACUAGCUGUUGUGGCUAGAAAAUAAGAUUGGAAUUAAAUUCAGCAUCUCAGAUUAUUGAAUUGUAUUUUUUUAGAUUAAAAAUGUGUGUGGCGUUUUUCCCCAUUUUUGGCUGCAAUAUUUCUUACCAUGAUAGUAGAGGUUUUAGAAAUACAUAAAGCAAGUGUUAGUGGAAAAGCAAAAUGAAAAGCUGCUGUAUCCUCUGUUUAGGGUUUUCUUUAAUGUGUAAACAUUGUAAACAUGGGCAUGGGCUGAUUAAAAUGCUAUUUAAAUACA